GACGGAAGCAGCUGUGCCGCUGGUUGAUGUUGCUGCUGCUGGAGCUGCUGGGACGUGAGAACAGGCCAUGGACAAUGUGUUCAUCCAGCACAGCGUUAAAGUCCUUCAGGCUCUCAAUAAGCAAAGGGAAGAUGGCCGAUACUGUGAUGCCACACUGGUCAUAGGAAAUCUCCACUUCAAAGCCCACUGGAGCAUACUGGCUUAUAGCAGUCACUUCUUUCAGAGCCUGUAUGGCGAUGGGGGCUCCCCCAGCAUCAUCCUCCAUGAACAGUUCUCUGAGGUCAUCGGUCUUCUCCUGGACUUCCUGUACACUGGAGAGCUGGUUCUUUCACAGGAGAAUGUGCAGAAAGUUCUUCUGGCAUCAAAGGAACUCGCCAUCUUUGAAGCAGUUGAGGUCUGUGAGAGGUUCCAGACAAAAUGCUUCCAAAGUGAAGAGUAUUUUCAAGAGUCUGGUGCAAUGGAGACCUUAAAUGGACACCUGAAGGAGGCAGAGGAAUCUGACGGGGAGGAGGCUUUAAAGGGCAUUUCAGAGCUUAGCAAUGUCCUGGCCGAUGCUGAAGUCCCCUCUGAACCAAGUAAUGGUCAGGACAGUGGCCUGACCCUGCUGCAGGAGACAGUAGAGCCUUCCUCCCCUUCUUCCUUCCAGGAAAAUCCAGAUAUCGGCACCGACAACAUAGAACGCAGAGUCUUCAAGCGACUAAAAAGAGGGCAGAAGAGUGAGCAGUGCAUCACUGCUGAUGGCGGCUGCAUGACGUGGGAUUUGGAGGUGGAUCAGAUCCAUGAUGUCUUAGCAGAGGAGACAGAUUACAUUCAAAAUGAUGAAGAUGAAGACUAUGUCCUAGAGAAGACCCCGAACUCCAAGAAGAGGAACUGUGUGCCCAAGAAGAUCGUCUCCUUAGAAUCCUCAUCUAAUGACACCACACUUGUUGGCGGAGAUCUGAAGAGCAAGAAAAACACCAGCACCCCGGUGGAAUGUCCUAUAUGUCACAAAAAAUUUCUCAGCAAAUAUUAUCUCAAAGUCCAUAACAGGAAACACACAGGAGAGAAGCCAUUUGAAUGCCAAAAGUGCGGGAAAUGUUACUUCAGAAAAGAGAACUUGGUGGAGCACCAGGCCCGGAACUGUAUGAGCCGCUCUGAACAGGUUUUUAACUGUCCUUCUUGCAAUGAGGUUUUUAAGAGAAAGAUGGAAUUGCGAUUACAUACUGUGUCGCACACGGGCGUGAUGCCUUAUAAGUGCUCUACAUGUCCUCAGCAAUUCAUGCAGAAGAAACAUCUUCAAAGCCACAUGAUAAAAAUGCAUGGAGAACCCAAACCUCAUGCUUGUCCAACCUGUGGGAAAUGCUUCUUCACCCGGACAGAGCUGCGUCUGCACGAAGCUUUUAAGCAUCGGGGAGAGAAGCUUUUUGUCUGCGAGGAGUGUGGUCACCGAGCCUCGAGCAGAAGCGGAUUACAGAUGCAUAUCAAAGCUAAACACAGAAAUGAACGUCCAUUUGUAUGUGAAUUUUGUCACCACGCCUUCACCCAGAAAACCAACCUCAAUAUGCACCUGAAGACACACACAGGGGAGAAACCCUUCCAGUGUCACCUGUGUGGCAAGACGUUCCGAACACAAGCCAGUCUACUCAAACAUAACCGGACACACACAGGGGAACGACCAUUCAGCUGUGAAUUUUGUGAGCAGCGCUUUACAGACAAGACCCCUCUCCUGCGACACAUCGCCAGCAGACAUCAGGAAGGGAGACCGUACUACUGUCAAGUCUGUGGCAAGACAUUCAAAGCGGCGGAACAGUUGCGUGUUCAUGUGGCCAGACAUCGUGGGGUUCGGAAAUUUGAGUGCACGGAGUGUGGGUACAAGUUCACACGGCAGGCUCACCUCCGACGACAUAUGGAAAUUCACAACCGUAUUGAAAAUUACAAUCCGCGCCAAAGAAAGCUACGUAAUCUCAUAAUUGAUGAAGAAAAAAGCAUGGUCAUCGGAUUACAGAACACCCAUGAGCUAGACGUCGGAUCAGCAGAGAUCAUAGUGGAGUCUAUUACAUCCAGCACUCUGCCGGAAGUGGUGACAGAGCAGAGACUGUGCACAGACGAUGGGUUCCCAGCUGAAGUCAUGGAACAGUCUAUCAUCAUCACUGCCACCGCCAUCCCUAUUGAUGAGUGUGAGACGUGAUCUGUGCCCCCACAAAGACUAUGCUUUUUUAUUUAUUAGGUCAUGUAUUUUAUUACCAAAUAAACAAUGUGGAACUCA